AUGUAAACAUUAACAAAAAUAGGUUAUUUUUCUUCUUUUUUCUCUCUCCAUAGAGUGUUUGAUCUCAGUUGAAAAGUAUACAUGUGUUACAGUAAUACCCAGUGGAAACAACGGCGUGGUUCAGUCCACUACAGUCUUUUUUUUCUCAAUGACACAGAAAUGGGAGGGGUUUCAGCCCCGCCCACCUGCUGCAUCUGUUGUUUCAUGUGAAGGUGAAGUGACAAUACCGCACUGGAGUGUGAGAGUUCAGCAGCAGUAGAGGCGUCUUCUCCAGAGAAAAGAUGGCAGGUGUGUUCUCCUACCAGAGCUCAGAAAUCGACUGGUGUGAAGACAACUACAGACACUCAGAACAUGUGGUGGAGUACUUCAACACUAUAAGCAGCUUUGUUUUCUUCAUCAUUGCUCCCAUCAUGCUCUACCUUCUGCAUCCCUAUGCCAAAGAGAGGAGUCUGGCAAUUCACAUGGUUUGGAUCAUGAUGAUAUUUGUAGGACUGUUCUCAGCUUAUUUUCACAUGACCCUCAGUUUUGUUGGCCAGAUGUUGGACGAGCUGUCCAUCCUGUGGGUGCUGGCAGUGGGAUACGCCACCUGGUUUCCCCGCAAACUGUUUCCUUCUUUUAUAAAGGACAGGUCAACAUUUUCACGUCUGGUCCUGGCCAUUACCAUCAUCACCUCGGUAUCUUCGUUUGUCAAACCGACUGCCAACGCCUACGCAUUAAACUGCUUUGGUCUGCACCUGCUCUACACACUAGUUCUGGAGAUGAGAUGCUGCACUGACCAGAAGGCUCUACGUCUGGCCAAGGUCUCUGUAGCUCUGUGGGUUCUCGCCAUCAUCUGCUGGAUCAGUGACCGUGUUGGCUGCAGCUUCUGGCAGCAGAUCAAUUUUUGUUACCUGCACAGUUUCUGGCAUAUUCUCAUCGUGAUGGCAGUUGCCUAUGGCAGCACACUGAUAGCCUACCUGGACGCUAACUAUGAGAUUCCAUAUUCACUACCUGGACUUUGCUACUGGCCUUGUGACAAAUGGGCUGUCGGUUUACCUCACAUUGUGCUAAAGAGCACUACAAAAACACAGAAACGCUGCUGACAACGUCUGGCUUUCACAUGAGCUGAGAAUUUCUCUGCUCUCCUGAAUUAGUUUACUUACUGUCUAUAUAUAAAUAAUAAUAAUCCAGUUAUUUAUAGUCACUUUUUUUAUUUAAAACAAUGUACGGACUACAAUGUGAUUUUUAAACUGAUGGGUCUCCUUUUAA